AUGGACCACCACCACCACCUCCUCGCCCGUCACCUCGGCGCGCCUCCUCUCCUCGUCAUCCUCUCCUGCCUGGCGCUCAUUCUCGCCGGGUGCAGGUGCAGCAGCAGCGCGCACGCAGCCCCGCCGAGCCCGGUCUUCGCGUUCCCGGCCGCCGCCGUGGCCAAGGCGCAUGCAGUGGCGCGCCACCACGAGCGCCUGCGCGUCACGCUCGACGCCGCCGCCACGCGCGUGGGCGAGGCGCUCGGCGCGCUGGCCGCCGUCACCGUCACGCCGGCGGCCUCCUCCUCGUCGUCGCCGCUCGCCACGGUCGCCCGGGAGGACUGCGUGGAGCUGCUGGACGAGGCGCUCCAGCUCCUGGCCGGCGCGAGGGCGGCGCCCCGAGCCGACCGCGGCGACGCGCUCACGUGGCUCUCAGCCGCGCUCACCAACCACGACACCUGCGCCGACAGCCUCGCGGAGGACAGGCGCGCCUCUCCACGCGCACCUUGCCGCCGCCCGCGGCGUGGUCCGCGACAGCCUCGCCAUGAGGCCGGCGGCGCGGCGGGCCUCGUCCGCAGCAGCUGCAAGAACGAGACGGCGAGACGGCAGGGCCCGUGCGGUUUCCCCCGGUGGCUGCCGGCGAGGGACCGGCGGCUGCUGCUGGCCCCCGCGGUGUCGCUGGCCGGGAGCGCCGACAUUGUGGUCGCCAAGGACGGCACGGGGACGCACGCCACCAUCGCCGACGCCGUCAAGGCGGCGCCCGAGUGCAGCGAGCGCUGGACGGUGAUACACGUCAAGGCGGGGCGGUAUGACGAGAACGUCAACGUGGGGAUGAAGAAGACCAACCUGGUGUUCGUCGGUGACGGCAAGGGCGUCACCGUCGUGGCCGGUAACCGCAGCGUCGCUGACAACUACACCACCUUCCGGACCGCCACCUUUGCCGCGUCCGGGUUCGGGUUCAUGAUGCGCGACAUGACCGUGGAGAACCGGGCGGGGCCGGCGAGGCAGCAGGCGGUGGCGCUGCGCGUGAGCGCCGACCGCGCCGUCGUCCACCGCUGCAGCAUCGCCGGGUACCAGGACACGCUGUACGCGCACUCCAACCGCCAGUUCUACCGCGACUGCGACGUCUACGGCACCGUCGACUUCGUCUUUGGCAACGCCGCCGCCGUGCUGCAGCGGUGCAACCUCUGGGCGCGGGUGCCGCUGCCGGGACAGAAGAACACCGUCACCGCGCAGAGCCGGAACGAGUCGUGCCAGCUUACCGGCAUCGUCCUCCACGCCUGCCGCCUCCUGGCCGGGCCAGCAUUGGAAGGGCCCACGGCUGCCACCGCGUCGCCGGCGCCGUCGCCCGCCCCGGACCUGCUCCUCGCGCCUCCGACGUACCUGGGCCGGCCAUGGAAGCCCUUCUCCAGGGUGGUGGUGAUGCUGUCGUACAUCGGCCCGCACGUGCCGCCGCAGGGGUGGCUGGAGUGGAACGCCACCGGCACUCCCGACGCACUCGACAGGCUCUACUUCGGCGAGUACAUGAACUACGGGCCCGGCGCGGGGGUGGCCGGGCGCGUGCCGUGGCCCGGCCACCGCGUCAUCAACAGCACCGCGGAGGCGGAGAGGUUCACGGUGGCGCGCUUCAUCGACGGCGCGUCCUGGCUGCCGGCCACCGGGGUCUCCUUCGUUGCUGGGCUCUCGCUGCUGUAA